AAGAAGACGUCACAAGAUAGGUUGUACGACUUUUGAGCGUUGUUCUUAGUUUAAGCUUCGGUGAUCAGAAUGGCGCACACCUUCAACUUCCUGUUCCUUAUUUCUGCACUCUUCUCCAUUGUUUGGGCCAGAGAGAUACAGUUCGAAAAUUGCGGCGGAGUCGUGAAGUCCGUAAGCGUGGAGCCUUGUCUAAGAGAACCUUGUGAAAUUCCUAAAGGUUCUUCGGCUAUUAUCACGGUCCGUUGUCUAUCCAAUGUGAACGCUGAAAAACUCCGUCUUUCCGUGUGGGCUGACGUAUCUGGAAUUGAACUUCCUUAUCCUGGAAUGAGAAGAGAUGCAUGCAGAGGAAAGAACCUAACCUGCCCUAUUACCAACAACCAAGAGCUGCAGUAUGUUCAAAAAUUCGAAGUGAAAAAGUUCUUUCCAAACGUUCAAACAAUAGCUCGUUUCAAUCUGAAGACUAAUGACGAUCAAGACAAGACAGUAUGUUGUUUCCGUGCUCCAGUCAAUGUUGUUGACAGUGUUCAGUGAGUCUUUGAUAUGAUGGAUUCAGUACAUUUUUACACAACAGGCAUAGCAUUGUACUGUUCCUAUGCCACACAAGAUUUUUAUUAUCUUGCCAAACUUCAAUGGUACAUCAUUUCAUGAAAUCUUCUAAAUUUAUUGGACAUCCACUUGUGUUUACGUUCAUUUAAUCCGAGCUGUGCAUUUGGUAAAUUGUAUACGAACCUACCAUUUUUAAUUUAUAGGAUUUUAAACUUCAUGUAAAUAAAGUGUUUGUCAUUACUGUCA